AUUGAUUUAACGUAAUUAAAGAAGCUUUUGCAUUACACGUCGUAUAAACUGUCGUUUAUACGACAUGUAAAAUAUAACCACUGUCGUAUGUAUGACAUGUAAUUGCGUAUAAGCUUCUUUAAUUAUGUACAAAUGACAUUUAAUUGCGUAUUGUCGUAUAAAUGACAAAGUUAAUUCUAUUCUUGUCUUGUAACAGAGAGAAAUAUGCUUUUUGUAAUUUGUGGAAGUUGUCGAAGCUUGUUCUCUCUUGCUAAAAGUUAUACUUGACAAAUCGUUUUUGUUUUAAACAGUAGAUAAAUAUUUUAAUAAUUAAAUUAAUCGAUUUAUUGUUUUUUUUUCACGAGUAACGCAUAAUGCGUGCAAUUCGACUUCAUAUCAAGUUUGCUCAAAGAUCUAAAUGCUACACGCGAUUAUUCCUGUAGUGGGGAUUUUGCGGUCACUUGGUAGGAAGCUGUAUCUCAUAUAAGACGUAGAACGCGGUUGAAAACGUCAGUGCGUUUGCGGUGUAACUGGCAAAUCGAUUGUCGUGGUUGUUUUGUUUCGUGGUUUCAUCCGGCGUUAAUUUUUAACAAAGCCGCUCAAGAUGUCAUUCGAGGAACCGCUGGUAGUUGAAGCGGUGUAUUUGUACGAGAAAGAGAAUGCCGAGGCCCAUCGCACCUUCAACUUUGAGAUAGUCCACCAGGACUCGGCGAUUCCUGUCCUCCGACGAGGACAGGCUUUCCACAUGGCCCUGAGAUUCAACCGCGAGUACGUGGAUGAAACCGACAUCGUUCGGCUGCUCUUCAGCUUCGGCCCGAAUCCCAACGUUCUGCGAGGCACCCGGGGAGUGAACACGGUCACUAAUAGGGAGACUUAUGUGACCGAUCUGGAGGCUUGGGGUGUUCGCAUGAUCGGCGCUAAUGGGGUGGAUCUUUCUGUCGAGGUCAGAAGCCCGAUUGACAGUCCUGUUGGAGUGUGGCAAUUAAACGUGGAGACCAAUACCCUCGGCAGAAAGAAAGCACCAAAUGCUUACAGCUACGAUAAAGAUAUCUACCUGCUGUUCAACCCGUGGAUGAAAGAGGAUUUGGUGUACAUGGAGGAUGAUCAAUUGCUCGACGAGUAUAUUCUCAACGAUGUCGGGAAAAUAUGGGUUGGUCCAUGGGGUAGUUCCCGCGGUAGAGAAUGGGUCUUCGGACAAUUUGACGCGUGUGUGCUACCAGCUUGUCAAUUGUUACUCGAGAGAUCCGGUAUCAAAGCAAUUUCCAGGGGCGACCCGGUCAAGAUGAGUAGAGCAAUCUCGAGAAUUGUGAACUCUAAUGACGAUAAGGGUGUGAUAACCGGUCGCUGGGACGGCGAAUACAGCGAUGGUACCGCACCGUCCACCUGGACCGGAAGCGUGCCGAUCCUCGAACAGUUCUGGGAGACUGGCGAUCAGGUGAAAUACGGUCAAUGUUGGGUGUUCGCCGGUGUCGUCACCACGGUCUGUCGUGCCCUGGGAAUCCCGUCGAGAGUGGUGUCCAACCUGGUAUCAGCCCACGACGCCAAUGCCUCGCUAUCGGUGGAUCGUUACUACGAUCUGAAUAACGAGGAACUCGAGUACGACCCGAACAACCCGAUGGGCGAGGACUCGAUCUGGAACUACCACGUAUGGAACGACGUGUGGAUGGCGAGACCGGAUCUCCCCAAGGGUUACGGUGGUUGGCAGGCCAUCGAUGCCACCCCUCAAGAGCAGUCAGAGAACUUUUAUCAGUGUGGACCGGCGUCGGUGGAGGCCAUCAAGGAGGGUGCCGUCGGUUACAACUACGAUGUGACUUUUAUGGUGGCGUCCGUGAACGCGGAUCUGAUGAGAUGGAAGGAGGAUCCGGAGAGCGACCUGGGAUAUUCCAAGAUCGAUUGCAACAAGUACCACAUCGGCCGUAUGAUUCUAACGAAGGCGCCAUGGAUCUUCGAUCCUAAUGGAGAUAGAGAUCGGCAGGACAUAACGUCGUUCUAUAAAGCUAAAGAAGGCAGCGAGGUCGAGAGGCUGACUCUGUACAGGGCGGUGCGUAGUACCGAGAUGGCGAAGAGAUUCUACUCGCUGCCGUCACCAGGUAAAGAGGACGUCGAGUUCGAUCUUCUCGAGCUCGUACGCGUCAACAUCGGCGAGCCGUUUGCCGUGACCGUGAACAUCAAGAACAACUCCGAUGAAACGCGCACUAUUCAGGCCAUCCUGUCAGCCGGCAGCGUUUACUAUACCGGAGUUAAGGCAAACUUAGUGAAGAGAGCGUCCGGCGACUUUGUGCUUCAACCAAACGCCACGGAACAAUUAAGGCUCUCCGUGACGGUAAAUGAUUAUCUGGACAAACUGGUGGAGUAUUGCAUCAUGAAGCUAUAUUGCAUCGCUACAGUUAAGGAAACCCGGCAGACUUGGGCGGAUGAGGAUGAUUUUCAGGUUUUAAAGCCAAACAUUGACGUUAAGAUCGAAGGUGAAGCAGUAGUUGGACAACCAUCGACCAUCACGUUAAGCUUCAAGAAUCCUUUGAACAGGACCUUGACAAAUUGCCAGUUCAACUAUGCCGGACCUGGUCUCUCUAGGAACAAGACCUUGGCCUUCAAGGACGUCGGGCCCGAGGAAGACGUUUAUGUGGAACACCAGCUCGUGCCGCAAAAGCCCGGAGAGCAAAAGAUAAUCGCCACUUUCACUUCGAAAGAAUUGGUCGACAUCACCGGUUGCGCAACUGUCGACGUCCUUGAGGCCGAAUGAAUGGCAACGCAAUGAUUCCAGUUCAUUUCGAUCUUAAUUCAAUUCUCGCUAUGCUAAGAAUGUCUGGCGCAUUUGGCUGAAUCGUCUGGUCAACGUGAUAAUGCAGAUAAUAAAAUAUUUUACCUUCAUCUGAAUAUUAUACGUGAAUGAGCAAUAAUUUUUGCCAAAAGUAAAAUGGAUUGAUUUUAGAGUGGCAAAUAAAAACUGUUUUUUUUUUCUAAUUUUUGAGCUGCUGAAUCUGAUUUUGAUCUUUAAAAAAUUUUAAUUUGUUAGUAUUAAAAUCAGCAUAUAAAGCUAUUAAACAUCUAGUGCCGAUAAAUAAUUAUUGUUGAGCUUUACGUAGGUAUCGUGUUUUCUUGCUGAUAAACAUGACAAUACUCUUAUCUUUAUUGGUUCAUGUCCUACUUGAUAAAAAAUAUUAAUAUCUAUACAGCAAAAAGUUUCUUGUCUGAAGUAAAUACAUCUUCUUGAAUUAUAAUUUAUUAAUUCAAAGAAAUAAUUACUUCUAACAAUAAUUUUUUUCUUCCAUUGAAAUAUUAUUUUGAUCAAGAUAAUAUUAUUGUCACAAAUAAUUAUUUCUUUUUUCUAUCAUUAAAUUAUUAAUUCAAGAACUAUUAAGAAAACUGCACAAAAAAUCAUUUUGAAAUAUUAUUUGUAAUAUUUAAAUGAUAUAUAGCAUGAUAUAACAAUAAAGUACUUUGAUAAAAGUGGUAUGUAACGAUGAAAUCAAAUGAGUAUUUCUAACAUAUAAGAUAUAUCAUCGAAAUAAAUAAGACAAUCUUUCUUUUCUCCCAGUAU